AUGCGCGACUAUGAGGUGUACACGAGCACGGCAGUCUCGAUCAUCGUUCUCUAUGGCAUCGCCUCUAUCGCACGCCAAUACGCACGGCUGAAGCACAUCAGGGGGCCCUCAGUCGCAGGAUUUACCGACUGGUGGCUUGUGCGCGCCCUGCGUAGUGGGAGGGGGCAUCUUGAGUUCUACGAGGCCUACCAGAAAUAUGGAUCUCUUGUACGUGUCGGGCCGAGGGAUCUGAUCACGAGCGACCCGGACCUCAUGAAGCACAUGCUCGGCGUGCGGACCAAAUACAGGCGGUCGAAUUGGUACGACGCCAUGAGGCUUGAUCCUGGCAGAGAUAACAUAUUGUCCAUGGGAGACGACGCGUUGCACGCCCAGCUUCGAUCCCGGAUGGCUGCUGGAUACUCCGGCAAAGAAGUUGAGAACCUCGAAGGAAAAGUGGACGAGAACAUUCUUCGUCUUAUCGAUCUGGUCGAUCGCUAUGUUUCCGAGAACAAAGCUUUCGACUUCGGUCUCAAAGCGCAGUACUUCACCCUCGACGUCAUCUCGGACCUUGCUUUUGGUGAGCCGUUUGGCGAUGUGGCUUCCGACUCUGACGUCCAUGAGUACAUCCGCACAUCGGAGCAGAACAUGCCGAACGUCGUGCUGGCAGCAGUCCUGCCUUGGCUCCUAGCCCUACUCUCUUCGCCCCUGCUUCGGGGCCUUUUACCUUCUGAUAAGGAUGCUAUAGGGCUCGGGAAGACGAUCAGGAUCGCCAAAGAAGUCGCCGCGGAACGUUUCGGUCCAAAUAAGAAGAUUAGGAAAGAUAUGCUCGGCUCCUUCGUAGCUCACGGUCUGACCCAGGAGGAAGCGUCAUCGGAGAUCCUCAUGCAGAUUCUAGCUGGAUCCGACACGACGGCGACCGCCAUUCGCGCGACGCUCCUCCACAUCCUCACGAGCCCCCGAGUAUCCGCCGCUCUUCGUGAGGAAAUCGAGUUGGCUAAGCCGUCGUGGCCCGUGAUCACAGAGGCAGAAGCGCGUAGCAUGCCGUACCUGCAAGCUGUGAUCAAGGAAGGGCUUCGGAUCUUCCCGCCUGUCGUGGGCCAGAUGUCCAAGGAAGUCCCCAAAGGCGGAGACACGUUCAAGGGG